AUGAUGACUGGGGGAUUAUCUGAGACCAAGCCUGCUACUCCAGAAGUCCAGCAUAUUGCUAAUGAGGUGAAGGCACAAUUUGAAAGCAAGGCAAACAGAACAUGUGGCAUCUUUAAUGCCAUAGUGUAUCGGACUCAGGUGGUUGCUGGGAUAAACUACUUUAUUAAGGUCCAACUUUCUGAUGCCGUGUAUGUCCACUUAAAGGUGUUUCAGAGCCUUCCUCAUGAAAACCAACGUCUCAGCCUUGCCGGUUUUCAGACUGGCAAAACCAGAGAUGAUCCUCUGACCUACUUCUGA